UGUGAAAGGUGACUAUAAAUUGAGCUGCUUCUUCCGCAUGGGAACAGUGAGCACACAGCAUGAGGCACGAGACAAGGACACUGAAGGGACUAAGUACCUGAAAGGAUUGUAAAUUUUUCUACCUCUUUGCUGGAUUAUAACCUUGUGGAAACCUAUUGAGUGAGUGGUGGUAUGCUGACCUGCUCAUUUCAAAGAAAGUUUACGGCCCCAGGCAUUUCCACGACAGAACCACUUGCAAAGACUAGUCUGCUGCUGGAGAAAACCUGAAGCUUGUUUUUAUCUUCACUCACAGUCAAGGCUUUGAAAUGGUUGGCAUGAAAUCUAAAGACAUGGUGCCCUCUGCGGCAGUCAAGUUCUUCGGAGCAGGCACCGCCGCCUGCAUUGCUGACCUCGUCACCUUUCCACUAGAUACUGCCAAAGUCAGACUACAGAUUCAAGGAGAGUCUCAGAAAGCUGAAGGGGUCGGUGCAGUGAAGUAUCGGGGGGUGUUUGGCACCAUCACCACCAUGGUGCGCACCGAAGGGCCCAGGAGUCUCUACAACGGCCUGGUGGCAGGACUCCAGAGGCAAAUGAGCUUCGCCUCCGUCCGAAUCGGCCUUUAUGAUUCCAUGAAGCAAUUCUACACUCGCGGAACGGAGAGUGCUGGGAUUGUGACUCGCCUCAUGGCGGGCUGCACCACUGGGGCCAUGGCUGUGGCUUUCGCGCAACCAACAGACGUGGUGAAGGUGCGUUUCCAAGCCCAGGUCCGACUGGCUGACGGUGGGAGGAGAUACAACAGCACUCUGGAAGCCUACAAGACAAUCGCCAGAGAUGAGGGCGUGCGGGGCCUUUGGAAAGGUACAGGUCCAAACAUCACCCGUAACGCCAUUGUGAACUGUGCAGAGCUGGUGACCUAUGACAUGAUCAAAGAACUCAUUCUGAAGUACGAUCUAAUGACAGACAACCUGCCGUGUCAUUUCACAGCUGGCUUCGGUGCAGGUUUCUGCACAACAGUGGUGGCAUCUCCAGUGGACGUGGUGAAAACACGGUUCAUGAACUCAGGAACUGGUCAGUACAGCAGUGCAGUCAACUGUGCUCUCACAAUGCUGAAGAAUGAAGGACCUACAGCCUUCUACAAAGGGUUCAUGCCUUCCUUCCUGCGACUGGGCUCCUGGAACAUUGUGAUGUUUGUGACUUAUGAACAAAUUAAAAGAGGUAUGACCAGAGCACAGCAGUACUGGGAGUCACCAUUUUGACCGCAGCUUGUUGGACUUUUUUGUUAAUCAGGGCUGUUCAGACACAAUGGUCCAACAAACACCAUGAUGCAGUGGUGACUGAGGGUUGGGAAAGGAGACCUGUAGGAGGCCCAAAGGAGAGCGCCAAAUGCUUUCAGGGCCAAUGGUCGCAUUACUGACAUGGCUCAGAGGUGGACUUUAUGUAAUACGGACUUGCGUCAGAGACACUUCUGGGGCAUCGUUGCAAUACCAGAAAGAUUCAAGGAUUGGAGUUUAAAGAGACAUUUUAUGAAAUGUGAUGGUCAGUGCUUCCAUUACAAAGAAGCUCAUUGAGGUGUAAAAGAUGGCUGUGAUAUAUUAAUCAAGAUUUUUAUCUCGUCUCUACACUGAAACCUUGAUCAGCUGUCUGAAGAUGGACUUUGACCUUUAAGAGGAUGAACUGAAAGAUCGCAUUAUUAAUGUUAUGGUGGAGGUGUAAUAUUUAAGUUAUUGUGGGUUUCCCAUGAAAGCAAAGGCAAGUUUGUGAGCUAAACAGUGACCAUUUUAUUGUCUUUUACAUUGUUGUCUGUAUUGUGGAUUGUUUACACUGUUCACCAUUGUUUGUGGUACUUAGUCAGGGAUUUAUAGUUAAAUGUAAAUAUUUCUUGUUAGCAACUGUAUGAUUUAUUGCUGGUCGAUGAGUCACGUCACGCACAAUGAAAACAAUGUCAAAGUUAAUUAAUAAAGUGAUAAUCUUUU